AUGACGACUGCCCCUACCCGUCGGCCUCCUCCGGCCUAUACAGCUCCCCCAGACUCCGGUGUCCAUGCCACUUCUGAGCUCUAUCGAUCAAUUUCGAGGACGGCGUGCGAUCCCGCAGCCCGCGUACCGAAACAGUCGUUCACCAUCCGCCCAUGCUCAGGGCAGGCCUGGGUUGUGCCCGCGGGCUAUGUCUGCCGCUUGACAACGCCCCAGGGCCCGCAGGUUGGGGAUCUCAACAUCUGGAAUGCGAACAAUCCCAGGGAACGAAUGUGGGCCGCCCGGACCCGACAGAUCCAUGCUUCGCAUGUCUCGGUUGGUGAUCGUCUCUGGUCCAACCUGCCCUACCUACGUCCCCUCGUGACUAUCACUGGUGACUCGCUCGGAGGUGGGCAGCUGCACGACGUGCUGGGUGUCGAUGGCAAGCGCAAUCCUGAGGUGGUUUUUGGUACCACGAAGUUUGGUGGCCGUGUGCAUGACUUGAUGGGAACGCGCUGCGAUCCCUAUGUAAACCUGCUCAUGGGUGGCGAGACCUUCGAUUUCCACUGCCAUUCAAACCUCACCCGCUCCGUCGUGCCCUAUGGGUUGACGGAGCUGGAUGUUCACGAUGUCUUGAACGUCUUCCAGGUCACCGGACUGGAUGAAGAAGGGAAAUACUUCAUGGAGACGUCUCCUGCCAAGGCCGGGGAGUACUUUGAAUUCUUUGCCGAAGUGGAUGUCUUAUGCGCGCUGUCUGCGUGUCCUGGUGGCGAUCUUUCUAACUGGGGAUGGGAUGACAAGGAGGGUGGGAUGGGCGCUACAUGUCGACCCCUUGGCGUCGAGGUGUAUCAAUUGGCGGAUUCGAAGAUUCUGGAUAGAUGGACCGCACCGGAGAGUCCGGCCUACAAGGGAAUGCAUGGUAUGGGAAUGCCUCCCCGCGAGAAGGAUGGCUAUGUUGGGCUCUGA